AUGGCCGACGUUCUUGGACUGCUUACUGCAGAAGAGCGCCGAUUAUACGAAAACAAAAAGAGAAUCAAGUACCACAAAAGAUGGGGCACCUACCUCAGUGAGAGAGAAUGGGCCACCGUCAGAGAAGACUACUCGGCGUCAGGACUGGCGUGGGACGAUUUUUCGUUUGACACCUCCCGCUCAAGAACUUACCGCUGGGGCGAAGACGGCCUUUGUGGGUUUUGCGACACGAGACAAUUGGCGUGCUUGCUGUUAGCGCUUUGGAACGAGAAGGAUGAUAUUCUCAAGGAAAAGCUUUUCGGGGUGACGAAUUCUCAGGGAAACCACGGCGAGGACGUGAAGGAACUCUAUUGGUAUUUGGACAACACCCCUACUCAUUCGUACUCUAAGAUGUUGUACAAGUAUCCUCAUGCCAAAUUUCCUUAUCAGCAGUUGGUGGAGGAGAAUGGAAAAAGAAGCAGAUUAGAGCAUGAGUACGAGAUCACUGAUACUGGCAUCUUUGACGAAGGCAGAUACUUUGAUGUGGUGUACGAGCUGGCCAAGGGCGACACGGAUCCCGAGGAAUUGUACUUCAGGAUCACUGCCUACAACAGGGGUCCCGACGCUGCUCCUUUGCACCUCUUGCCUCACUUGGUGUUGCGUAAUUACUGGGCCUGGGGCACAGAGGAGUCGGGCUACGGAAAGCCUUCGUUGCGUAAAAUCGACAACUACACCAUUGAGCUCGAGCACCCCAAGUUCGGUAAGCGGUACUUGGUGUUUGCCCCGGCUCCCGGCUUGACGGAGAACUCUCCUGAUGUGGAGCCUCAGUUGCUCUUCACUGAAAACGAGACCAACAACGAGCGUCUUUACAAUUCCCCUAACAGGGCUAAGUUCGUCAAGGAUGCUUUCCAUGACUAUGUGGUGCACAAUGAUGAAGAGGCUGUAAACCCAGAAAACGUGGGCACCAAGGCAUGUGCCAAGUUCUCCUUCAACGAGAAUGGCGGUGUCCCUGCUGGCGACUAUGUGACUAUCCGUUACAGACUCACCAAGAGCCGUGGAGAGAUCGACGAGGUCGAGUUUGAUAAUGUCUUUGAAAGAAGACAGGAUGAGGCCGACGCUUUUUACUGGAAGGUGUCCCCCUUACCCAUCACCGACGAUUUGAGACAAGUUCAAAGACAGGCCUUCGCUGGGUUGUUGUGGACCAAGCAAUUCUACCAUUUUGUCCACAACUACUGGUCCAGUGGUGAUCCUAGUCAGCCUCCUCCGCCUGAAAACAGAGCCAAUGGUCGUAACCAGGAAUGGAAGCACUUGUACAUUGACGACAUUCUCUCUUUGCCGGACAAAUGGGAGUAUCCUUUCUUUGCUGCCUGGGAUUUGGCUUUUCACUGUAUUCCUUUUGCCAUGAUCGAUCCCGAGUUCUCCAAGAAGCAGCUUGAGCUUUUGACCAGAGAGUGGUAUAUGCACCCUAAUGGCCAAUUGCCUGCCUACGAGUGGAACUUCAGUGAUGUGAACCCUCCAGUCCAUGCAUGGGCCACUUACAGAGUAUUCAAGAUCGAAAGAAAGAUGUACGGCACCGAAGACUUAGACUUCUUGGAAGGAGUGUUCCAGAAAUUGUUGCUCAACUUCACGUGGUGGGUCAACCGUAAGGACUCGAAUGGUAAUAAUCUUUUCGAAGGGGGUUUCUUGGGUCUUGACAACAUUGGUGUUUUCAACAGAUCGGAGCCAUUGCCCACUGGUGGUACUUUGCAGCAGUCGGACUCCACAGGAUGGAUGGCGUUCUAUUGUUUGCAGAUGUUGAACAUCGCUUUGGAAUUGGCCAAGUCGAGGCCAGUCUAUGAGAGUAUCGCCUCCAAAUUUUUUGAGCAUUUCUUGUUGAUUGCUGACGCCAUGUCCUACAGAGGUGCGACACAGGGCGACAGCCAUGCCACUGAACAAUCCUUGUGGGAUGACAACGACAAGUUUUACUACGAUGCCAUUCACUUCGAUGAUCAUACUUUGUCCUUGCCUGUGAGAUCUUUGGUUGGUUUGAUUCCUUUGUACGCCUCGUUGACGUUGGAGCCAGAGUUGUUAAAAAGAUUCCCAUCCUUCAAGAAAAGACUAGACUGGUUUGUCGAGAACAGACGUGCCAUUGCUGAGAGGAAUAUUGCCUCGAUGACUCACCGCGGUGUGGGCGAGAGAUUGUUGUUGUCUUUGGUCAACAAGGACAGGUUAGUUGCCAUCUUGGAAAGAAUGUUGGAUGAGGACGAGUUUUUGUCCGAAUUUGGUAUUCGAUCCCUUUCCAAGUAUCACGAGAAACACCCCUAUGAGUUGGACGUCCAUGGACAAAAGUACGUCGUCCAGUAUUUGCCUGGUGAAUCUGACUCUGGUAUGUUCGGUGGAAACUCUAAUUGGAGGGGCCCCAUUUGGUUCCCUGUCAAUUUCCUCUUGGUUGAGUCGUUACAGAGAUUCUAUCUCUACUACGGCUCUGAGUUGAAGGUGGAAUGUCCGAAGGGCUCCGGUGAAUACUUAAAUUUGGCACAAUGUGCGCAAGAGAUACAGCACCGCUUGAUGCACUUGUUCCUUCCUGACAAAGACGGAAAUCGUGCCUGCAAUGGGGGCAAUGAGUUGAUGGACAAAGAUCCGCAUUUCAACGAGUAUGUUCCAUUUUUCGAGUACUUCGACGGUGACACUGGUCGCGGUUUGGGUGCCUCGCAUCAAUGUGGUUGGACAGCUGUUGUUGCCAAGUGGAUCCACGACAAUGGUGCUACUUGCAGAGUCCCCAAGACACCAAGAACUCCAGCCAAUGAAAGAAGAACCUCGAUCCACUCGUUCGAUCUGGAAGAGAACAAGGAGCAUACUAGCGAUGAUUUGAUCGAGAAGUUUGCACCCAAGGCGGGACCUUUCCCAUCGAGACUUGUCAGAAGAAGAUCCGGUAAGUCACUUCUCAACAUGACGAUCAACUCAUUGGACUUUGGAGACGACGAGGAGGCCAAGGAUGUUCCCACGUUAGACAGCGGUUUGAAGAACGUGACUGCCGAGUUGGACGAGUACGGCUUGACGCCAUCGGUGUCGAGAUCGUCUGUUGACUCGCGUUUCGACGAUACCUUGGUGAACCAGAUUAAGGCAGCGUUCAACAAGUACAAGAACCGCACGGACGAGGAGGAGGGCGAGGAGUUUGAGACUCGUCACUAG